CUUGUUCUGUGUGAACUCUCAAUAUGCUGUUUUCCUCAACUCCUGCAGCUCUGUCCAUGCUUUGUCCUUUGGGUUCUGUUUGGAGAAUAACAGCAUGGUGAGGAACAUUGAUGACUUGGAAUUCUGCCUUCCCUCCCACUCAGAUGCUAUCCUUUCAGGCCUACAAACUCUUCGCUUCAAUCCCCGGCUAUCAGAUGUUAUUCUGGUGGUGCAAGGCCGGGAGUUUCCCUGUCACCGUGCUGUCCUUGCACUCUGUAGCCAGUACUUCCAUGCCAUGUUCACAGGAGAUUUCCAAGAAAGCAUUUCAGCUCAGGUGGAAAUUAAAGAAGUGGACCCAGAGGUGAUGGAGACUCUUAUUGAUUUCUCCUACACCGGCCGUCUUACUAUCAACCAGGGUAAUGUAGAAGGCCUCAUUCGCACAUCCAACCUUCUUAGUUUUCCUGCAGUACGCAAAGUGUGCAGCCGCUAUCUGCAGCAGCAGAUGGAUGCUACAAAUUGCUUGGGUAUCUGGGAAUUUGGUGAAACACAUGGCUGCCCUGAAGUAGCAGCAAAAGCAUUGUCCUUCCUACAGGAGAACUUUGAAGCAGUUUCUCAGGAAGAGGAGUUCUUGCUUUUGAGCCCUGAGAGGAUGCUGUGUUAUUUGGGAGACCCACUGCUACAGGUCAGGGAUGAGCAGAGCCGAGCUAAGGCAGCUCUACAUUGGGUAAAGCAAGACAAGGAAUGUAGGGCCCAAUGUCUUCCACAGUUGCUGAGUGUGGCCCAGCUAUCCAGCUUGACUGACCAAUAUCUGCAGGAGUUGAUGGAGGUAGAGCCAUUGAUUAGUGAGUCUGAGGUUUGCAGAACACUCAUUGGCAAGAAUCUUGGGCAGGAAACCAGGGGUCUCAGAGAACAGUCACCUGUAUUUCUACAGGAAGUUCUGGUAGUAGUGGGAGGAAAGGUCUUGGAGGAAGAAGAGGAGGAUGAGGAUGAAGAAGAUGAAGAGACACAGAGAACAUCAGCAAACUUUGCAUACUACAAUACAAAAACCAAAAAAUGGAUGGCUUUUCCCGACUUUCCUGAUUAUAAUAAAUGGGGAUUCUCCAUCACAUCUCUGAGCAAUGAUGUUUAUGUCACAGGGGGCUCCCGAGGAUCAAGGGACGACUCUUGGUCUACCCGGCAGGGCUGGCGUUUCGUCCUAAAUGAGGGAAUAUGGAAGCCAAUAACACCUAUGAUUAAUCCACGGACCAAUCAUUCCAGUGCCUCUCUUAAUGGAGAAAUAUAUGUCAUUGGAGGAACCCUUCAAGAAGCCGUGGAGGUGGAAUGCUAUGAUCCCUACAGUGGGACGUGGUCACUAAUAAGUCCUGCUCAGAAGUAUGUGAGCAAUUUCACUGCUGUCGGGUGCAGUGGAAAACUCUACCUGAUUGGUUCCUGUGCUAUGAAGUACAAUGCCCUCACUCUUCAGUGCUACAACCCAGCCACAGAUGGCUGGAGUGUCAUUGCAUCGCCAUUCAUCCCAAAGUACCUGUCGUCUCCUUGUUGUUGUACCGUGGGGGGUUCUGUUUACCUCAUUGCUGACAACACCAAAAAAGUUUAUAUGUAUCUUCCUGAAGUUAACUUGUGGAAAAAGGUGCAGCUUCUCCACACCCUUCAUGAAAACGGAGGCAUGACAUCUGUUGGGUCUUGCUUGUAUGUGACUGGCGGCCACUGGCAUGGCAUGGCUCGAGAUUACAGUGUAGUGAUGGAGUCAUACGACUGUAACACUGAUGUCUGGACACGACAGGGGCCUCUCCCCAGUCCCUGGCUGUACCACUGCACCUCCACCAUUUUUAUGGAUACAUCUCGGUGGACAGAAGAAUUCCAGGGACAACCAGAGGCAGAACUUUGACAUGGAUACAAUGGAUCUGAAUUGUGUCACAAGGAAUGGAAGAUACAGUAUACAGAGCCACAUUUUUGUUUUUGGGACAUAGGUCCCUGGAUGCAAGAUGAGAUAACUUUGCACUUAACUUUUUAUGGAAAAUAAAUGAUGGACUAUGAACAGCUUUCCCACCGCAGUUAUUUGUCAUAGUUACUCUUUAUUUAGCAAAGCAACCUGUUCCAGUGCUGUUGCAGAAAGUAUUAAAAUAGAUGCAGUCCGAUCUGUCGGCAGUUUGAUGGAGUCCUAUCUGUCGGCCGUUAAAAAUGAGCAGGGGCUGACGUGAAUGAUGUAUUGGCUUUGUAAUGCCUGUUGGAUGUGCCUGACCUGUGCUAUAGAAAUUAAGGAUGAUAAUAAUGACAUUCAUCAUCAGCUGUGACUUGAAAUUUUAUAGCUCAAGUUUUCAAAGAAGGUUCAUAUAAAAAUAAAAAUGUAAAGCUGGUCAUACAUUGUAAGAUCUACUUGUUUGGCUGAUUCACAAAACAGUCAGGGUGUUACCAAAAAUACAAAGGUCUAUUUAUUGGAUCAUAAUGAGUCUUGUCUGGCAAAGGCCACAUCUGUGUGCCAAUGCAAUCAACUCUGCAUGAUUGAUAUCUGGAUAAUAUUGUACAGGACCUCGUUAUGGCCUCAUACACUGCUGAAUAGAGCAGCCUAGUCGGUAGUGUUUAUUGGCUCAUGUAUGCUCAGCAUAUACAAGCAAGCUAGUUAGCAGUCUGUAGUAAUUAAAAUACCAAAAAACAGGGCCUUUCUACAAAGUUUUAAGUUUUCUUUUCGGAAACUGAAACUGAUGUCAUGACUAUUUGACAGUUUAGCCAAAACCCAGAGCAUACUGGCGUGUGGUGGGUUAAGAAUCAUGUUCAUUGUAUAAAUGGAAAAUGUAUGUAUAAUUUUGAAAAAUAAAAAAAAUCCUUAGGGAUAAUUAUAUGAAAGUUACCCCAAAAGAACAUUCAUUUGUUCACUACUGUACACAGUAAUGAUGUGAAAGGUACACGAUUGCAAAACAAGUGUAAGGCUAAUGCUACAAUAGGCAUGUUUGUAAGGGUACCAAGGGGUUAAUUUACCUGUGUUACCAUUGUUACCCCUGAUGCUUCCUAAAGUUGUUUAAAGGUCUUUCUGACUGUCCUUCUGAAGAAUAGAAGUCCACACCACUGAUCUAAAUAAAGAAUUAUUUACUUGGUA